UAACUUUUUGACACUGUGCAGACGAAAAUACCUUAAUGCUUUAUCGAAAACAAGUAACUCUAGAUUUAUCAGCUAAAUAUUUACAUAGCUAGCAGGUAACAAUCUAUAUAUCAACUAACAUAUCAGCUAAUAAUUUCAGUAUCAUCUAACAAUCUAUGUAUCAAACAAAUGUAUCGACUAACAAAUCAUAUAUCAGUUAAUGAAACUAUUAACAAUUAAUUAGUUAUCUAUCAAAUAGCCCCAAAACUAUUUGUAACAGCUAACACUUCAUGUAUCGAUUAAGAAUCCAUUAAAAUCUAAAUAAUAGCAGGUAAGUAAUAAAAUACCUACUAACGUAUAUAUUAUCUAAAAGUUGAUUGUGAGUCGAAAUUAGAAACAUUGGAAUUGGGGUGAGAUAAUAAGAUUAGCAUUAUGGAUGUCAAAAGAAUCAGAAUUCCUUAAGAGAAAAGGAAAUAUAAUUCCCUAUAUAUAAGAAGAUUUGGGUUGGAGAAAAAAAAAAGAAGAAGGAAUAAACCCUAAGAGACAAAAAAAUCAUAAUGAAUGAUUUAGAAGAGCCUCGAGUUAAAAGUAUUUUGAUGCUUCCUAAUGAUUUAGUAUUAAACUGUUUAGCCCGAGUCUCAAGAUUCGAGUAUCCAUCUCUAUCUUUAGUUUCUAAGAGAUUUCACUCUCUCAUUGCUUCAACAGAGCUUUACCAAACAAGAACCCUCUUAGGCCGAACAGAGAGUUGUAUCUAUGUGUGCUUAAAACUCCAUGCCAGCAAACUUUUAAGUUGGUUCAUUCUAAAUACCUCCAAAAAAGUUUUGGUCCCGAUUCCAUCUCCCCAAUAUAACUUUACAUCCCCGUCGACGGUUGCAGUGGUAGGAACUAAUAUCUAUGUCAUUGGCGGCGGCGGAUCAGAGAAAAAUGCCUCUUCUAGCGUUAUGGUCAUGGACACUAGUCGUCCCCACGUGUGGCUUGAGGCUCCAAGCAUGCGGGUGGCCCGUGUGUUGCCAUCUGCUUGCACCCUUGAUGGGAAAAUAUAUAUAACGGGAGGGUGCGAAAAUAUCGAUUCAAACAAUUGGAUGGAAGUUUUUGAUACCAAGUCUAAAACUUGGGAGUUUUUACAGAUUCCUAGCGAAGAGAUUUGCAAAGGCUCAAAGUACCGAAGCAUAAGUUAUCAAGGAACCCUCUACGUGAGAUCUGAGGAAAAAAAAGUGACUUACAAGGUGCAUAAAGGUAAAUGGAGAGAGGCGGACAUAUGCAUGAAUAAGAGAUGGGGUUGUUCGGGAUCAUCUUACUGUGUGAUAGAGGACGUGUUCUACUGUUAUUGUGACAGGAAGAUCUGUUGGUAUGACCUCAAAGAAAGAAUAUGGAAACCUUUAAAGUGUUGUCUGGAAGGAUUGCCUAGAUUGGCUUGUGAUAUAAACCGUUUUUGUUUAUUGGCGGAUCAUGGUGGAAGAUUGGCGAUUUUGUGGCAGGAAUACGUGUGUGAGACGAAAAUAAUAUGGUGUGCGGAAAUUGCUCUCGAAAGACGUCAAAAUUUGGAAAUUUGGGGUAAGAUUGAGUGGCACGGCAACGUGCUUAGCAUACCCACUAGGCUCGGUGGAGUGCAUGCUCUCACUAGUACAGUUUGGUGAAUGACUAAUGACCAUGUUAAUCAUUAAUCACCGAUGCAUUUUUUUUUCCUUUUUGGUAAGUUUACUAGAAUGAGUCAAAUUAGUUUAUAAAUUACUAGAAUAACUUUUAAAAGUUUAAAAUUACCAAAAAUAUUUUAUGGUCGAAAAUAUCCUUAGUUAUAAUCAAAAAUUCAUAUUACAAAAGUGCCAUUUAAAAUUAUUAAAAAAAUUCUGGCAAAUUUAUUUAACGAAAAAUAAAUCUAUCAGAAUAUAAAUCUGUUAAAUUAAACUGUUGUAAAUUUUAUAUUUGCCUUGUAUUUGGUGGCAGACUUUUCUGUUACGACAGAUGUUUUGAAGCUAGCAGAUUUGUGUGACCGAUUUAAUAUUGUCGAUAGAUUUAUCUAUUUUAGUCUGUCAUAUGUUGUAAUCGAUUUGUUGAAGUCAUCAGAUUUUUUUCGAAGUAGUCAGAGUUUUGAGACAAAUAUGUUUGUCGAUAAUAGACAUAAAUUUUUAUGAUAGAUUUGUUUACCAGAUUUAAAUUUGCAAUCGACUUUUGUAUUCAUUUGGUGACAGAUUUUUGAAAUUCCCGUCUUUAGCGGCAUACUUUUUAAAUAAAUUUUAAUUACUAGAGUGGGACACAAUUAGAAUUUCUGGCUGAAUUCAAAUAAAUUUCGAUUUAACUAAAUUGGAUCCCGGUUUAGAUUGAUUGAAUUCAUUUUUAAUUAAUUUUGAAAUUUGGUUUAGAGUUAUUUUGGUUUAAAUUAAUUUAAACCUAUUUGGAACCUUGGUUUAAUCUAAUAGAUUACGAUCACGUUUUUCCAAUGUAGGUUUUACGUUCUUUGUCCUCUUCUUCCUUUUACCUUUCAUUCAACAACACGUGGUCCACUUUCAUGGUGGUUUACAACUGCAUCUUUUAAUUCAAUCUACUUUCAGGCUUUGGUCAUUAGAUUUCAUUUAGGUUGGUGCUACAUUCAGUGGUAUACUCUUUGGUGUUGCGUUACUUUUGCACUAUGGUAUUUGGUGGUACAUUACUUUUCAUUAUCAAGAUGACGUUUUAGUCUGAAGCAAUAUUUUGUAAAGCUUUAUCAAUAUUAUCUAGCCUUUCUGUAUCUUUUAACUAAUCAAGAUGCCAUAUUUGAUGAAUUAUAAUCGAUCAAUGCAACCAGUAAAUCAUACUUGUACUACAAGUACUAAAACAAAAUCAUCCAAGUUAUACAUCACAAGACAAGUACUGAAAUAAAUCAUCCAUGUUACACGUCCUACAACAUUUAAAUUAUAACUAUCAUCACUCGGUUCUCCCGAGUCCAAUUUCUGCAAAUAGGUAAAAUGGCUUGUAGCUCUUUCAAUGUAGGUCCUUCCGAAGUCGGAGCUUCCAUCUCCAGCCAAAAACUUUCAUGCUUCACAUCCCAAAUCUCAUCCUUGUCAAAAGAAUCACAAUUUAGUCCUGUAAUCUCUCCAAACUCAUACAGAGAGAACCGCAUCGGCAUACAAUCUAUCAAGGACCACAUCUCAUGACUGCUCUCGAUGGCCAUUUGAUUAGCGAGAAAAUGGUGAACGCAAGAAGCAGACCAAGUGUAUUCCAACUCUUUCAGCUUCACAAUCACUCCUACAGCUGAUUCCCUCAAGUCAGACGUAACAUCAUCCCCAACAGCUUCUAGCACCGUUUGAAUGUUGGCCAAGAAACAACUAUGGCUCAUGCUCCUACUCUAAAUUGGGAUUUUUCCAACAUCAUACAGACGACGAGGAUACUUUCGUUCACCCGAAGAAGAAG